AGAGUGCUUGGGCGGGGUGGGGGGCAGGAAGGGAGGAGCUGGUGGGGAGCGCGGCUGCCUGCCCUCCAGGCUCCUCCCGCUCCGGGGCGCCUCCGCCCUUUGCACCCGCCCCGCGUACAAAGACGCCCCGCCGUCUGCGAUCGCCUCACCGCUGUGUGUCCAAGCUCUCCCCAACGACUUCUGCGCCUCGGGGCCCAGGUGAGUCCCGCACCCCACACCUACCCGCGGAGAACCCCAUACCCGCUUGAUCGGGACUCCAGCCCGACUUUGUGAGGUUUCAACAGACCUCUUCAAGAUGCCGUCUCAGAUGGAGCAUGCCAUGGAAACCAUGAUGCUUACAUUUCACAGAUUUGCGGGGGACAAAGACUACUUAACAAAGGAAGACCUGAGAUUGCUCAUGGAAAGGGAGUUCCCUGGGUUCUUGGAAAAUCAAAAGGACCCCCUGGCUGUGGACAAAAUAAUGAAGGACCUGGACCAGUGCCGAGAUGGCAAAGUCGGCUUCCAGAGCUUUUUAUCAUUAGUUGCAGGGCUCAUCAUUGCAUGCAAUGACUAUUUUGUAGUACACAUGAAGCAGAAGGGAAAGAAGUAGGCCAAACAGAGCCCUGAUACUCCCUCCCUGAUGCGUGCUCUCCUAGGGGGCCACUUGAGGACUCUGCCUCACUGCUUCUCAAGAGCAGAUCAGGACCCUUAGGAAAUGUGCAAAUAACAUCCAACUCCAAUUCGACAAGCAGAGAAAGAAAAGUUAAUUCCGUGACAGAGAAGCUUUUGAUUUUUAUAUUGUUUGCAUCCUGCUGCCCUCAAUAAAGAGUGUCCUUUUUUUUUAGUUCUGAA